CCGAGCCUGAAAAAGGAAGAGCGCUAUAAUCAUAUUUCUCAGACGUCGUUUCUUCCCCCAAAAACAUCAUUCCAGUCGCCGCCGAGCACCGCCGUAUUGCUGUGUAAAAGGGUCUCUCUCUCUCUCUCUCUCUCUCUCUUUCAAAGGCAUAGACGUGUUUUUAGUGAAAGCAAAUAAUGGAGGGUAGAUUGGCUAAUAUGUGGAGGUUGACGGUGAACGAAACUAAGUUCGUUGAAACCGCGUUGCAAUCUGAGCUCAGAGCAGAUGGUCGUGGUCUUUAUGAUUACCGCAAGCUUACUAUUAAGUUCGGCAAAGAAUAUGGUAGCUCUGAAGUUCAGCUUGGUCACACUCACGUGAUGGGUUUUGUGACUGCUCAGCUGGUACAGCCUUACAAAGACAGACCUAACGAAGGCUCUCUGUCUAUCUUCACCGAGUUUUCUCCCAUGGCUGAUCCAUCCUUUGAGCCUGGUCGUCCUGGCGAAUCUGCUGUGGAGCUGGGACGUAUUAUAGACCGUGGUCUAAGAGAAAGCCGUGCGGUAGAUACAGAGUCACUCUGCGUUCUAGCUGGAAAGAAGGUCUGGUCUGUUCGCAUUGAUCUUCACAUCUUGGACAAUGGAGGGAACUUGGUCGAUGCUGCGAAUAUUGCUGCGUUAGCGGCGCUUAUGACGUUUAGAAGACCUGACUGCACUGUAGGAGGAGAGAACAAUCAAGAAGUUAUCAUACAUUCACUAGAGGAAAGGGAGCCACUCCCAUUGAUAAUACAUCAUCUCCCCAUAGCCUUCACGUUUGGAUUUUUUAAUAAAGGCAACAUUGUGGUGAUGGACCCGACUUAUAUUGAAGAAGAGGUUAUGUGUGGGAGAAUGACUGUGACGGUCAAUGCUAAUGGAGAUAUAUGCGCUAUCCAGAAACCAGGAGAAGAAGGCGUGAACCAGAGUGUAAUCCUUCAUUGCUUGCGUCUUGCUUCUUCGAGAGCUGCUGCAACUACAAAGAUAAUCAGAGAAGAGGUUGAAGCUUAUAACCGUGAGAAGAGCUUACAGAAGGUGAAGCGACGUCCUGCUUUGGCUAAACCUGAAGUUUCUGGACCUAUUGUAGUUGUGAAGGAGGGGCAUAAGAUGUCUGCGGAUGAGGAAGAAUCUGCAGAGAUGUCUCGGGAACAUGUUGAAAGAUUAAACCUCUCUUCAGUUGAACUAAAAAGCAGUAAGGAACAAGAAGCUGCUGCUGCUGCUGCCUCUCCUGGCAAUUUCAAAGGAGGUCCAUCAAACUGGGAUCCUUACACUGAAGCUAUGGAUGUUGAUUCACUGAAAGCUUCUCUUGCUUCAAAAGGAGAUUCAGUGACUAAGUCACCAAUCAAGAAAAAGACGAAUGAUUCUGGAAAUGUGCAGAAAGAAAUAGCAGAAGAUUUAGAGAUGAAAGAUACAGGUGAAGCUACAAAACUCAAGACUGGAGAGAUGACACUCAAAGAUGCUGUCAAACCUAAGAAGAAGCGAAAAAACAAAAGCAAUUAAGAAGGUCUCUUGUUUUAAAAUUUUUGGUAUUAGAGGAGGACCAAAGCUAAAGCAAAGAUGGGUUUGUGUGUAAAAAACCCAGUAGUGUUGAAGUUACUAAACAUUCAAUUUUUUUUCUGACACCUGAGAAUGGGAACCCUCUUGGUAAGACAGAGGUUGUGACUUGUCUUCGCUGA